UGUUAGCUAGCUAAAUUAGCUUGACAGUAAUGCCUCUAAAGGAUCCCAUGUAACGUUUAAACAAAUGUCAUUUUUCAGGCGAUAACGUUACGCGCUUAUAGUCAAUAAACCUGCUAAAAUGAUCCUGAAGCAGCAGUUGUACUCGGCAAUUCAAAGUUUAAACACGACCAAAAAUUAAGGACUGAUCCCAAAUCAGCCAUCUUGGCACCGGAUGUCGGUAAGUAGAAAGACGUGCCGUUUUCGCGAGCGAUUUCUACAGGAAAUACCUUCCGCCGUAGAGAGCAUUAUUUGUGAAGGGCUGCCAUUUUACCGAGCUUACGCAGCACAAAUGAAUUAUGGGGGUCAAAGUGAUGCAGCUCACCUCUAAGUCCCACCAUGAAAACAUCCUGGCCUCUCUGCAUCAGCUAUGGCUGCAGGGACAGCUGAGUGAUGUUACAGUGCAGGUAGACUACCAGGGAGACGUGCAGGAGUUUCAGGCCCACCAGGUGAUGCUUGCAGCAUCCAGUGGCUACUUCAAGAAAAUCCUUCUCUCUCAGGAUGCUACCCGAGACAAAUUAUUACUCUCAAAUAUGCACUCCAAUGAUUUCUCCAAGUUUUUGGAAUUUGUGUACACUGGUAAAGUUGAAGUUGCCAGAGACAAGAUUGGUGAUGUUCAAGCAGCAGCGCAAUUUUUGGACUGUGAGGAUCUGUCAGAAGUUUGUGGUGUGGCCAUGAGUGCUGGAAUCUUACAAAAACCUCCAAAGAAAACAUCUACAUCAGAAGUUGUAGAUGAAGAUGACUUACAUGGUGCCAAGAAAGAAAAAAGGACCAAAGGGAAGAAGCAGCCUACGAGCUUACUUCUUAAGCGGCGGCUCUCUCCACAGAGCUCUGAGAAAGAAGUCGUUUCAAAAAGAUUUAAGACAAAGAACUUGGUGAAUGAUGAAAAAAGACAAGGAAGAGAGCUAAAAAUGAGGUUGGCUGGCCAUAAAGUCCACCAGAGGCGUUUAAAUACUAAAAGAGUGGCUCUUAACAACCAAGUUAGCAAUGAAGACACAGAGCAAUAUGAGGACAGGACAGAAGCCGAGGCUCAGCCAGAGAAUCAGGCAGAGAAAGGAGACGAGUCGCUGUUGGGAAUGCCAGUCUCUGAUGUGGAUGAUUGGGAAUGUGAGGAGGAUGUGCAGAGCAAUGAUCCCGAAGACCCCUUGGUGUUAUCUCUGUGGGAAGAGGAGGAGGAGGGACAGUCCAAGGAGACAUUAAAAAGAACAUCCAAGGCCCAGUUCCAGUGUAACAAGUGCCAGCGGACCUUCCACUAUGAGAGAAGCUACUUGAAGCACAUCAGUACGUACCAUGGAGUGAAAGCAGAUGUCAUCUAUCGCUGUGAGACCUGCCUGCAAACCUUUGCUAACCGCAGCAACCUGAAGAUCCAUGAAAAGCAUGUCCACAGUAACGAGAGGCUUUUUGCCUGCGACUCCUGCACAAAGACCUUCAAACGAAAGAAGGAUGUUGUCCGCCAUCAAAAACAGGUACAUGAACGUAACAAUCUGCGGCAUGUCUGCCCUGACUGUGGAAAGGCACUCAGCUCCAAAACGGCCCUGUUGUUGCAUGAAAGGACACACACAGGUGCAAAGCCUUUUGAGUGCGCCGACUGUGGGGCCAGAUUUACCCAGAACUCUGCCCUCAAGAUGCACCACAGGACUCACACAGGAGAGAAGCCAUUUGCAUGUGACGAGUGUGAUGCCCGGUUCACUCAGAAGCACAUGUUGGCUUAUCAUAAGCGAUCACACACAGGAGAGAAACCCUUCAUGUGUGAGGCCUGUGGGAAAAGCUUUGCAUCUAAAGAAUAUCUGAGACACCACUCAAACAUCCACACUGGGUCCAAGCCAUACAAGUGCGAACAGUGUGGUCGAGGCUUCGCUCAGAGGAAUUCCCUCCACCAGCAUUUAAAAAUACACACAGGUGAGCGUCCGUACAGCUGUAAAGACUGUGACAAGCAGUUCACCCAGCUCAAUGCCCUCCAGAGACACCAGCGUAUUCACACAGGAGAGAAACCCUACAUGUGUGGUCUUUGUAAACGCACCUUUACAGACAAGUCCACCCUUCGCAGGCACACUAUGAUUCAUGACUCAGAUGCUCCCUGGAAAACCUACCUUGUGGUGCUGGAGGGAAAUGUGGAGGACAAGAAACCCAAAACUCCCACUAAAGGAAAGACAGAAAAAGCAGGAGCAGGGGAGAAAAAGAGCACCUCUAGAAAAAGUGGUGUUGCUGCUGGUACUUGUACUGCUGGCAGUCCUGGUAAAACCCCCACUGACUCCAUUGUGGUGCCGGCUGAGCCGGUCACUCUCCCAUCUGAAUGGACCACUCAUGGAGCCAUUGCUCUGGUCAGCCACGGAGCCCUCGGCGGGAUCACUGUCAUCCACACUGAGGUGCCCCCUGGGACCCAGAUCCAGCCCAUUGUAACCACUGACAGCACAGGGGCCAGUGUCAUUUCCUUAGAUGGAUCAGCCAUCCCUGUCCCCUUCUCUAUACCAGUGUCCAUGACUCACACCAUCCCCUUGUCCUCUGAAGCUUCCACCAUCUCUCUGUCUGUACCCACUCUCUCAGUUCCUGUUUCUGAUGGCACGUUGGCGUCAGUCUCAGAGAUCCCAACUGUUUCUACAUCAUCUGUCCUGGAAGCUGCUGCUUCACAGACCAUUUUGGCUCCAGUUUCAGAGACUAAGGCCACUUCUGAGACAGACAUUUUGCAGCCUAAUAUUCAGACUGUGAUUGUCACUGACAAGGUUUGUGGAAAAGAAGAAACAACUGCUGUCCCAAGUGAUGGUCAUCAGAGGACAGCAGAUAACCCCUUAGCUGAACCCAGAGGGGCCCCAGCUGAAGAUGUGGUGUAGAAAAGAAUUUUAACUGGCUGUAGGGAAUUUAAAAUCCCAUUUCAAUCCCUUUUCGUGUUAUUUUAUGUAUAUACUUGCGCAGUGUCUGAAUGUGUGUUCUGACCAUGUGGUGUUUCAUCAUUAUUAUGAUAUGAAGUCCAGUGUUUCAUUAACAGACUUGGAUGUGAUGUUCAGUGUUUGUCACAUUCUUUUGGAGUGUCAUUAAAAAUCACGUGCUUUAGUCACAUGUUUAAGAGAUAUAACUAUUAAUUAAGUAAUUAAUAUUGUACAUAUCUCAUAAUAUAUAGGGUGAAAUGUGGCACAAAUUUAAUUGAAUACAAAUAAAAGCAAGGUGAUUGUUAAUUCAUUACAUAUAAUUCCAAGCAUCAGGUUCAGUACAUUUUACCACUCAAAUUAAUAUCGGACAUCUGUUCCCCACACAUGGAUUGCAGGAGUUACAACUUUGAUGUUCUGUAGGAUGGUCUGGGAACCUUGUCAGAAGUCCUUAGCAGCUGCAGAACAGCACCCCAGUGAAUCCUCAAGUAGCUUUCCACACACCUUUGGAAUGACGGCAUACUUUUUGCAACUCUGCUGAUGAGUUAUGUUGACCUGAAUGUAAAUGAAGUAACUUAAAUCCUUCAAAAGUCUGGCAGUAACUGUUUGUUAUGUUCAUCGGAUACCUGCACUUAAAAAUGAUUAAGCUGUUUAAAUUA